AUGGAUGAACUAACUAUCGAUAACAUAGAAGGGCGCGUUAUCGAUGGCUUUGAGAUACGUGAACAGAUAGGAAAAGGUGCCUCUAGCUCUGUCCGAAUCGCGCGUCAUAUUCGUACGAAUAAUUUUUGCGCCGUAAAAAUCAUUGAUUUACAUGCACAAAGAAAGUCAGCAUUUAAUGGUAUCAUACGAGAAAUAAGUGUUUUCAUGCAAGUGAGCCAUCCACAUCUUGCAAAAUUAUUUCGUUUAUCUCAAGUCGGGAAUUUGCUCUUCUUUUUCAUGGAAUAUGCAUCCGGAGGAACGCUCUAUCAAUAUGUAAUGUCUCGAAAAGGGUUAUCAGAGCAAGAAGCCCUUAGAAUUUUUUCUCAAUUAUUUGACGUUUUCAAUUAUCUACAAACAAACUUUUUUAUUGCUCACCGUGAUAUCAAAAUGGAAAACAUACUAAUAGACAAUAAUUUGAACGUGAAAGUCAUCGAUUUUGGCCUUUCUGAUACAUUUUAUUGCCAUAAACUUACCGGAGUCGUUGGAACUCCCGGAUACACAGCCCCAGAAGUAAUAGGAUGCAACGAGUACAAUGAAAAAUGCGACGUCUUCUCUUUAGGCGUUACAUUGUAUGCAUCUCUUACAAUGUCGAUGCCAUUUACUUUACAACAGAAAGAUGCACGUCUUCUUAUCGAAGAAGCUACAAAUAUUGCAAGACUGAGCGGUAUCUCCCUAGAUUUACAGAAUCUUUUAGAUAUAAUGCUCCAACCCCGUCCACAGCUAAGAGCAUCGUUUGCGCAGAUUGCCUCUCAUCCGUGGCUCAGGAAUACUGGAAAGAAAAGCUAUAAUUGCGCUCCGAGACCAAUUGUUUACUACAAAGUUGAAAAUUAUUCAGAUUGUCUUAAAUUCAAGAGAAAUCCAGAGAAGAUUGACACGGAUAUUAUAAGCCAAUGCGAAACAUACGGAAUAUCCAAAGAAUUACUCGAAAAAGAACUCGAAAACGGAGAAAUAAAUGAUGAUACGACAAUUUACUUUGUUCUCAAGAAUCCACUACAAAAUCUUCCAGCAUUGCCAACAGUGCUGCCUCCCCUCAAAAAGAAGAAGACUCCGAAGCCUUUACACCUUGAAAAUUUGGCAAAGUUCAAAUCUCUCGCAACUUUGCAGAUUACACAUCGCAGAUCGAUUGUGCCUGGAAAGAGAAUGCUGAGACCUUUGCAUACUUAG